GACAGAGAGUGUUGGGUUGAGUGCGACCCAGGCCCAUCUAACAUUUCCACGCUCCGACAUAGUCAAAACUCAAAAGCCCUACUCCCCUGUCUUUGCACUCAUCCCACCAAUCCCACGCCACUUAAACAUUUCACUCACACUCCCAUGGACUCCAACGGAGUUGCCGAAACGCCGGCGGAUAUUCGCCGGGAAAUCGCGUCUCUGGAGAAGGUCAAGGCGGAAAUCGACCACCGUAUAUCGGCUCUGCGAGUUCGCCUAACUAGUUAUGGUUCAGUAAAUGGGAACGAGGUGGCUAAUUCGUCUGCUCCGCGCCCUGAGCAGACGCUUCUCAGUGGUCAAUUGUCGCCUGAUAUGAUUUAUAGAUACAGCCGCCAUUUGUUGCUCCCGUCCUUUGGGGUUGAGGCGCAGGCGAAUUUGUUGAAGUGUUCCGUGUUGGUUAUUGGAGCUGGAGGCUUGGGCUCGCCGGCUCUGCUUUACCUUGCGGCGUGUGGUAUCGGCUGUGUGGGUAUUGUUGAUCAUGAUGUUGUGGAGCUUAACAAUCUACACAGGCAGAUAAUUCAUACUGAAGCAUAUAUUGGAAGAUCAAAAGUAGAGUCUGCUGCUGCUGCAUGUCGCGCGAUUAACUCUUCUGUCCAAAUAGUAGAACACAGGGAGGCAUUCCGUACGUCAAAUGCGUUGGAGAUUGUGAGAAAGUAUGACAUUGUUGUAGAUGCAACUGAUAACGUACCUAGUCGUUACAUGAUCAGUGAUUGCUGUGUUGUGUUAGGAAAGCCUCUAAUUUCUGGAGCUGCACUUGGACUAGAAGGACAGCUUACUGUUUACAAUUAUAAAGGAGGUCCAUGCUAUCGAUGCCUAUUUCCUACUCCACCACCUACAACAGCAUGUCAAAGAUGUGCGGACAGUGGAGUUCUUGGAGUAGUUCCUGGCGUUAUUGGGUGUCUCCAGGCAUUGGAGGCUAUAAAAGUUGCAGGUGCAGUUGGUGAACCACUUUCAGGAAGGAUGCUUCUGCUUGAUGCGCUUUCUGCUCGAAUUCGUGUUGUCAAAAUCAGAGGGAGGUCACCACAAUGUGAGGCCUGUGGAGAAAAUGCAAAAUUGACAGAAGAGCAAUUUUGUAAUUUCGACUAUGAAAAAUUCACUCAAUCUCCACUAUCCACGUCUCCACUGAAGCUACACCUACUUCCUUCAGAGGCUAGAAUAACGAGCAAGGAGUAUAAUGAGAGAAAUUUAAAAGGUGAGGCACAUGUCUUAGUAGACGUGAGACCUUCUCAUCACUACAAGAUUAUCUCUCUCCCAAAGUCCAUGAACAUUCCUUUGGCAAGUCUGGAGGCAAGGUUGUCCGAAGUUUCUGCAGCCUUGGCAAGAGAAGAAGGGCACAAGAAGGACGAUGACAAUCAAAGUGCUUCUUUGUAUGUUAUUUGCAGAAGAGGCAAUGAUUCCCAAAGGGCCGUUCAGUAUCUUCAUAAGAUGGGGUUUGCUUCAGCUAAGGACAUUAUCGGAGGGCUUGAGUCGUGGGCCCACGACGUGGAUCCAAGCUUCCCAACCUACUGAACAUGCUUGGUUCUCCUAAACAUGGUCGAGCUUUGCAUAUAGGUCCAGGUAUGUGCUGUACUUUUUGGUUGGGAAGAGAAUUCAGAAUAUUUACUUUAUACUCAUAACUCAUUGAGACAGAGAAGGAUGAUAUUUGAGGAUGAUCUUGAUGAUCCAUGUAUGUUUUAUAAUCCUUCACUACUGUAACAUUGUCAAAAAGAAAACUUUGCGGGAAUAGAGAGAAAAUUGAAGCUCCUCUUUGUUGUCAUAUCCUGGGCUCUGCAAUGUACCUCAACUUUUUAUCUGA